AUGACAAUUCAAGGGUUUUAUCAAGGGAACGGAAAGGUUAACCAUAUCCAAGCCUUUGCGGUGGUUCAAGACUUGUUUUCAAACGUUGAACAGCGUAGGACACUGGGAGUAAAACAUGUUUCAUUGUUUGGCGCUGGGAAAGUGAUUGAUUUCAUGGUAGAUUUUAAGUCCAAAAUAAAGUUUAAGUCGAUUGAGAACAAAAAGUCAAAGCCGAUGGUUGGAUCUGCUGUUGAGGUCAACGGUAACACUGGGACGUCUAUUCUAAAGACCAUUCAAAUGAUGUAUGCUUCUGGAUCGAAUAACUGGGGAGCUGUGCAGUGGCUACUAUUCCUUCCUUUGUUUAUUUCAUUUGUGGUUGUUACUUAUAUCGCAGUUUUCAUACCUUUACUAUUAGUGGUUGUCGUUGUUUGA